AUGUGGUUGGUAUUCUUCGCGUUCGGAAGUGGUGAACUCACGAUCACGGUGGAUAUGUUGGUCGAGAUGGAUCAACUGAUUCAAAUGAUUGAGUCGCCUAUUUUCGCCUCCCUACGAAUGCACCUGCUGGACAAGCGCUUUAGUGCAGAUCUUCGCGAGACAUUGUACUGUCUUCUAAUGUGUUUACCUCAGACCUCUGCUUUCGAAACAUUGGAUCGUCGGCUCCGAUGUGUGCCCCCGCUGGAUUGCCUUUCCGAUUGGCAAGUAUCAACUGGAGGCACCCAACCAGAUCUACAGCUUAUUCAAAAGCACGUCCAGUUCGAUAUGCUUUUUGAUCGUUUCAUGUCAAUUCAAACGCGGCGUAGCGCCAAACGCUUGAAAGAGCAAUGUUCGACCGAGUCAGGUUCAGACGGUGCACCGGGACCGAUGAACGGACUGGAUCGUUCCACGCAAAGUCGGAAGUCAUCUGCACAGGAACGUCCCAAUCCAGAGCCGUUUGUUGUUGGCUCCCCCACAGACUAUCUUACUCAAAGUCUUUCGAACCUGGGUAUCAGUGUAUCUUCACACCUUGAUGCCAAUCCGAUCACAGGAUGA